ACAACGAACUCGAUCGUGCCCCAAAAAAAUGUUACGUUUUACGGUGUUGGCGGUGCUGGUGCUGUGCGCGACCCUCGGAACACCUGUAGCCGCAGGGCCCACGAUCCGACGGGAUGAUACAUCGAACGCAGUCUUGGCCGAUGUGACGACGGCCACCGAGACGAAACCAACACCAGCGGCGGGUGCUGCUCCUGCUGCCGCGACUAACGAGGCCAGCCCAGGAACUACCACCCAGGGCACCUCAUCGGCAGCACCAUCAACGACGACGACAACGACAACGACGGUGGAACCGACCAGCUCGUCCGCGGUAACGACGACGAAGAAGCCACGCAAGACUAUCACCUUCGAUCAGCGCCAGGAGGGCGAGUACAACAUACGAGCCGAUCUGGAGAACUUUGUCAUCGUGGUCGUACCGUCCGGUUCAUCCUCCGGAGCAUCCCUGCUCGAUCUGCUGACCCGAUCGGCGAUACAGAAGAAGGUAGCGGAAGCGGCCAUCGCUGAGAGUGCCGCCACCCAGUACCAUCACCAUCACCAUCAUCAUCUGCAGCGCAAGCAGCAGUCAUCGAAGCGUAAGAACAACAAGGCUCACUCGGCCGCUGCAGGACACAAGAAGGUACCCCAGCCAACACCGGAAGUGAUCGUGCUAGAUGAGGAGCAUGGUCAGCGGGCAGUGCCGCUGCAGGUGGAGGAAUUCAUCGAGGGACGCACCCCGUACAAGGUGGAUCUGUCCAGUGCGAGUGCGCGCAGUGCGGACCAUGUGGCACCCAAGACUGGCGCUUACCCAUCGUUCAGUGAUUCUGUGCCGAGUGGCUCGGAACAGCAACAGGCCCGAGCGAUUGUGGCAAGUGUGGUCCGUUUUCCGGACGGCUCAGGUAACUACCAGCGACAACAGCAGCAGCAACAGCAGCAACAGCUGGAGCAACCGCUGGCUGGAGCUUCCAGCGUGGGGUCCCAACAGUAUGGACGGGCCCUUCCGGUGGCCGGGUAUGGUACUAACCUCGUAGCCGCUAGUAGAGCCGCCACUAACCACAACAACCUCCUCCUGACCCCUGGUGAUGGUGAUCGCGAUAGCGAGCAUCAUGCGGCUGAUGCUGCCGAUGGUGACGAUGGUGACGUGCUGUCCUCCUCUUCCUCUUCACCCUCCACGGGGCUACUGCUACUGAUGCUUGCCGACCCACAGCCAUACGGACGCGGUGGUGGCGCGGUGACUGACGCCAACGGCCGGCUACCACCGGUGGUCACGAAUGGUUCCCCUUCUCACGAAUCCACUUCCACCCCGAUCAUCUCCCCCGACAGCCUAGAGUACGAGCCGCUGCGAAUCGACGUCGACAUGACCCAGCUCAAGCUACAGCCGGACACUUACGAUGACGAGGGCGACGGCGGCGACGCGACGACGGAUGACGCCGGCGACGAAUGGGAUGAGUUGCGGCUGCUCGGUGCCACGGAACAGUGUGGUCCCGAUCGGAGGCGGGACAGCUACGGUGUGUGUCAGUUUGUGCGAUCCUGAGAUCUGGCGCCCCGAGGUCCACAUUCCUCUACAACCAUCGACCGUCUACCUCUCCUGACCCCUCCCUCGGCGUAAUCCCAAAUCCGAGUGUCACCGCGUCACUUGCUGCGUUUUGUAAGGUUUUGAAGCUUCUUCUCCUUAAGAAUUAAGAUAUUUAGUGUAAUAUUUGUGGUGGCCCGUGCUACGCUACUUUGUUCUAUUGCUACAAUGUUCUAUUUAUUGAAGGCCGCCUUGUGCCAAAUAAAAGCCAUA